CCCCGCCUCCUCCUCUUCCCAUCCAGUCCCGCGAAUCUCGCGCGCACUGAAGAUGGCGGCCGCAUUGGGAAGAUUUCUCCGGGCUUCGAUUGCCCGACAUGUGAGUGCUGUUCCUUGGGGCAUCUCUGCCUCUGCAGCCCUCAGACCUGCUGCUUCCCGAAGAACAUGCCUGACAAAUGUAUUGUGGUCUGGUUCUGGUCAAGCAAAAUUCACUUUUAGCACCAGUUCCUCAUACCACGCUCCUGCCGUCACCCAGCACGCGCCCUAUUUUAAGGGUACCGCCGUUGUCAAUGGAGAGUUCAAAGACCUAACCCUCGAUGACUUUAAGGGGAAAUAUUUGGUGCUUUUCUUCUAUCCUUUGGACUUCACCUUUGUGUGUCCUACAGAAAUUGUUGCUUUUAGCGACAAAGCCAAUGAAUUUCACGACGUGAACUGUGAAGUUGUUGCAGUUUCAGUGGAUUCCCACUUUACCCAUCUCGCCUGGGUCAACACACCAAGGAAGAAUGGCGGCUUGGGCCACAUGAACAUCGCACUCUUGUCAGAUCUGAAUAAACAGAUUUCCCGAGACUAUGGCGUGCUGUUGGAAGGCCCCGGAAUUGCUCUGAGAGGCCUCUUCAUCAUUGACCCCAAUGGCGUCAUCAAGCAUUUGAGUGUCAAUGAUCUCCCCGUGGGCCGAAGUGUGGAAGAGACCCUCCGCCUAGUGAAGGCAUUCCAGUUUGUGGAAACCCAUGGAGAAGUCUGCCCAGCAAACUGGACCCCGGAUUCUCCUACGAUCAAGCCACAUCCAACUGCUUCCAAAGAAUACUUUGAGAAGGUGAAUCAGUAGAUCAUCCCGUGUGAACCCACCUCUUCUCACGUCAGGAGAGAGCCACAGCUGGAACUCACUUUGAGCAUUUCAAAGAUGAUUAUUUAUAGAAGACAAAACACCAAUUAUGCUUGUACUCAUAAGUAAUACUCUAAAUGUUUUGUUUUUGUAACAUUGGCAGAGGCUUUUAAAUGUCCUCACACACAUAAAGCAUCCUUUAUUGGUAACCUCUCGAUGGCUGACUAGUUUAUAGGAUGGUGGUUCACCUGUUCCUUGGAUUGUGUCUUCAGUGGAAAGAGGAAACAUUCUUUGUUGGUCUUACUUGAACCUUUAUAUACACCAGAAUAGUACAACACACACCGAAGCUUCUGAUCAAGGGUCCUGAAAUUUCAUCUUGAAUUUCUUUGUACUAAACUGAAUUUUCUUUUCAGGUGACAAAGAUCAUACGUAGUUUCAAGGUGUUAACAUCAGUGGUCUAAUUUAACUCUUGCAAUGGAUGUAUGUGUACUUGAGACAAAUGCGAAUCAUGGUUUUUAAAAAACACUCUGGGGGGGCGCCUGGGUGGCUCAGUGGGUUAAAGCUUCUGCCUUGGGAUCCCACCAUCCCACGGUCCUGGGAUCAAGCUCCGCGGGAGCCUGCUUCCCUCUGCUCUGACUGCCUCUCAGCCUACUUGUGAUCUCUAUCAAAUAAAUAAAUAAAUCUUUAAAACAAAAACCAAAAACACUCUGGCAAAGUGACUUCAGUGAUCAUGAAUGUCUCUCCUUCCUGAGAUUAAAAUAGUUCCGUAUUUGUUAGCUGCAUAGGGUCUACAUACAAUUCUAGAUAUUGAUUGUGUGUAAUUAUAAAGGCUAUUUAUCAAAUUGUAUUUUGAAAUCAUUGUAAUUCUUUUCUGAAAUGCUCAAUGUAAAGUACAUAAUAAACAUUUUAAAAUA